GGUCCAGAGAAGUCAGAAACCGCACACAACUCCCACAUCUGAGACUGUGGAAGGGGUUGGGGCGGAGCCUGGCGAGGGGCUGUCCAGCGAUUAGAGGCAGCGGGCGGACCCUGCUGGGAGGGCUGGGAGGCUGCUGUCACUUUACGAAUCCGCAGCCCAGAGAAUAUUGCCGCUGCCGGAGAGCCUGGCGAGCCGGGACAGGGUCCCCGCCUCUCGCUCGCCACGCGGACCCGCGCCUCCUCUGGCAGCGGCGGCGGUGGCGGCAGAGCCUCACCCACUCCCAUCCCCACCCUCUCCAUCCUUCGCUGCUAAAGAACAGCCGCGCCUGGCACGUUCCUGGAGGACCGCGGGUGCGAUACCGGGAAGAGAGCCGCCGCGGAGAGACCGGAAAGGCAGCAUGCGCCCUCCGGGAGCUGCCUCGGCGCCCAAGGUCUGAAGCUGCAGCCCCAGUUCGCCAUUGUGAGCCGCCACCGGGGCUCCCGCCGGCACGACCGCCCCUCUGGGUCCCCGUCCGCGCCGCGAUGGGGCACCUGCCCGCGAGCACCCGCGGCGGCCGCCGCCUCCUGCCUCUGCUCGGGCUCUUUGUGCUGCUCAAGAACGCUACAACACUUCAUGUAACUGUUCAAGAUGAUAAUAGCAUCAUUGUCUCUUUAGAAGCUUCAGAUGUCACGAGUCCAUCAUCUGUCUAUGUUGUGAAGAUAACUGGUGAAUCAAAAAAUUACUUCUUCGAAUUUGAGCAAUUCAACAGCACUUUGCCUCCUCCUGUUAUCUUUAAGGCCAAUUAUCAUGGCCUUUAUUAUAUAAUCACUCUGGUAGUGGUAAAUGGACAUGCGGUUACCAAGCCAUCCAGAUCAAUCACUGUGUUAACAAAACCUCUACCUGUAACUAGUGUUUCAAUAUAUGACUAUAAACCUUCACCUGAAACAGGAGUCCUCUUUGAAAUUCAUUAUCCAGAAAAAUAUAAUGUCUUCACAAGAGUGAACAUAAGUUAUUGGGAAGGUAAAGACUUCCGGACAAUGUUAUAUAAAGAUUUCUUUAAGGGAAAAACAGUAUUUAAUCAUUGGCUGCCAGGAAUAUGUUAUAGUAAUAUCACCUUUCAGCUGGUAUCUGAGGCAACUUUUAAUAAAAGUACUCUUGUGGAGUACAGUGGUGUCAGUCAUGAACCCAAACAGCAUAGAACUGCCCCUUAUCCACCUCGAAACAUCUCGGUUCAUAUUAUAAACUUGAACAAAAACAAUUGGGAAGAACAGAGUGGCAGUUUCCCAGAGGAAUCCUUCAUGAGGCCACACGAUACCAUGGGAAGAGACAAACUCUUCCAUUUUACAGACGAAACUCCUGAAAUUCCCUCUGGCAACAUUUCUUCUGGUUGGCCUGAUGUUAACAGCAGUGACUAUGAAACUACACCCCAGCCAUAUUGGUGGGACAGCGCAUCUGCAACUCCGGAAAGCGGAGAUGGCUUUGCCAGGGUGCUUCCCCUGGGAUAUGAAAAUAACGACACACUCAGCGAGACCGAGAAGCCAACGUCAGGCUCCUUCUCCUCUUUCCCUGUGCAAAUGAUACUCAGUUGGUUGCCACCAAAGCCACCCACUGCCUUUGAUGGGUUCCAUAUCCACAUAGAAAGAGAAGAAAACUUUACUGAACAUUUGACAGUCGCUGAAGAAGCACACGAAUUUGUUACAGAACUGAAGGAGCCUGGGAAAUAUAAGUUAUCUGUGACAACCUUUAGUUCCUCAGGAUCUUGUGAAACUCGAAAAAGUCAGUCAGCAAAAUCACUCAGUUUUUAUAUCAGUCCUUCGGGAGAGUGGAUGGAGGAGCUCACCGAGAAGCCCCAACAUGUGAGUGUCCAUGUUUUAAGCUCAACCACCGCCUUGAUGUCCUGGACGUCCUCCCAAGAGAACUACAAUGGCACCAUUGUGUCUGUGGUGUCCCUCACCUGCCAGAAACAAAAGGAGAGCCAGAGGCUAGAAAAACAGUACUGCACGCAGGUGAACUCAAGCAAACCUAUUAUUGAAAAUCUGGUUCCUGGUGCCCAAUACCAGGUUGUGAUGUACCUUAGAAAAGGCCCUUUGAUUGGACCACCUUCAGAUCCUGUGACAUUUGCCAUUGUUCCAACUGGAAUAAAGGAUUUAAUGCUCUACCCCUUGGGCCCCACAGCAGUGGUUUUGAGCUGGACCAGACCAUACUUAGGAGUGUUCAGAAAAUAUGUGGUUGAAAUGUUUUAUUUCAACCCCGCAACAAUGACAUCGGAGUGGACAACCUACUAUGAAAUAGCAGCAACCACCUCCUUAACUGCAUCUGUGCGAAUAGCUAAUCUGUUGCCAGCGUGGUACUACAACUUCCGAGUGACCAUGGUGACCUGGGGAGACCCAGAAUUGAGCUGUUGUGACAGUUCCACCAUCAGCUUCAUAACAGCCCCAGUUGCUCCAGAAAUCACUUCUGUGGAAUAUUUCAACAGUCUGUUAUAUAUCAGUUGGACAUAUGGGGAUGACACCACUGACCUCUCCCAUUCUAGAAUGCUGCAUUGGAUGGUUGUUGCAGAAGGAAAGAAGAAAAUUAAAAAGAGCGUAACACGCAAUGUCAUGACUGCAAUUCUCAGCCUGCCUCCAGGAGAUAUCUACAAUCUCUCUGUAACUGCUUGCACUGAAAGAGGAAGUAAUACCUCCCUGCUCCACCUUGUCAAGCUAGAACCAGCUCCUCCAAAAUCACUCUUUGCAGUGAAUAAAACCCAGACUUCGGUGACUCUGCUGUGGGUGGAAGAGGGGGUAGCUGAUUUCUUUGAAGUCUUCUGUCAACAAGUUGGCUCUGGUCAGGAAACAAAACUGCAGGAACCGAUUUCUGUUUCUUCUCAUGUUGUGACCAUCUCCAGCCUUCUUCCUGCCACUGCCUACAACUGUAGUGUCACCAGCUUUAGCCACGACAGCCCCAGUGUCCCCACAUUUAUAGCCGUCUCAACAAUGGUUACAGUGAUGAAUCCCAAUGUGGUGGUCAUCUCAGUGCUGGCCAUUCUUAGCACCCUGCUAAUUGGAUUGCUGCUGGUCACCCUGAUCAUUCUCAGGAGAAAGCAUCUGCAGAUGGCUAGGGAGUGUGGAGCGGGAACUUUUGUCAAUUUUGCGUCCUUGGAGAGGGAUGGAAAGCUUCCAUACAACUGGCGUAGGAGUAUAUUUGCUUUCCUAACCCUGCUACCUUCAUGUCUUUGGACUGAUUAUCUUUUGGCAUUUUAUAUUAAUCCUUGGAGUAAAAAUGGUUUAAAGAAGAGAAAACUGACUAACCCGGUUCAACUGGACGACUUUGACGCCUACAUCAGGGAUAUGGCCAAAGACUCUGACUAUAAAUUUUCUCUUCAAUUCGAGGAGUUGAAAUUGAUUGGACUGGAUAUUCCACACUUUGCUGCAGACCUUCCACUGAACCGAUGUAAAAAUCGUUAUACAAACAUCCUACCAUAUGACUUUAGCCGAGUGCGAUUAAUCUCCAUGAAUGAAGAGGAAGGAGCAGACUACAUCAAUGCCAACUACAUUCCUGGAUACAACUCAUCCCAGGAGUAUAUCGCCACACAGGGGCCACUGCCUGAAACCAGAAAUGACUUCUGGAAGAUGGUCCUCCAGCAGAAGUCUCAGAUUAUUGUCAUGCUCACUCAGUGCAAUGAGAAAAGGAGGGUGAAAUGUGACCAUUACUGGCCGUUCACGGAAGAGCCCAUCACUUACGGAGACAUCACCGUGGAGAUGAUCUCGGAGGAAGAGCAGGAUGACUGGGCCUGCAGACACUUUCGGAUCAUCUAUGCUGACGAGAUGCAGGACGUGAAGCAUUUUAACUACACUGCGUGGCCUGAUCACGGUGUGCCCACAGCCAACGCAGCAGAAAGCAUCCUGCAGUUUGUGCACGUGGUCCGACAGCAAGCUACCAAGAGCAGAGGCCCCAUGAUCGUGCACUGCAGCGCUGGCGUCGGCCGGACGGGAACGUUCAUCGCCCUGGACAGGCUCUUGCAGCACAUUCGGGAGCACGAGUUUGUGGACAUCUUAGGGCUGGUGUCAGAAAUGAGGUCAUACCGGAUGUCCAUGGUACAGACAGAGGAGCAGUACAUUUUCAUCCAUCAGUGUGUGCAGCUGAUAUGGACGAAGAAGAAGCAGCAGUUCUGCAUCAGUGACGUCAUCUACGAGAAUGUCAGCAAGUCCUAGUCAGAAUCCGGAGCAGACAGGACACAGUGUGCGCCCAUCCUCCCUUGCUUCCAGAGUUUUGGGGGCCCCUGCUAGCCAUUUGCUAAGAGGAGCCCCUGCUUUGUAAUAUGUGGCCAAGGAGAUCCUGUAUCUCGUAGAAGCACCGGGAAGACUUAGCCUUAAAGAGCCUACAGUGUCUUUUGGACUCUUUCACUUCUGGACAUUUAAUAACAAACCAAAUUCGACGGAACACCCGGAGGUCCAGACGCUCUGCCCAGGGCAGGAAGCACAGCCCCUUCCCGAGAGUUUUGCUGGCCCCUCUCUGGUCGGGCUGAGCUUUUUGUUGCUGUUUCCAAGUGCAAUGAUUUUCAUCUGUGUAUGAUUUUAUCAGAACGUUGAAUUGUUUCCUGCUCACACAAUUGAUCAAGCCCAUAGCCCACGAAGGAAAGGCAUUGUUAGUCUAAAAUUAUACCUCAUUGUGAGAAAGAGGCAUGGCCACAUAUAAAGAAAUGGUGAUUCUACUUCAAGAAAAUUGAACCAGCGAUACCUGCACCCCAACGUUGAGCUAUGGGAUCAGGAGCAGGGAGGGUGGACCUGGGAAGAGAGAGCAGUUCUACCCAGAGAUCAGCCACCUAUCUUUUCCAAAUACGAAAAGCUGGAAUUCAGCUUCAAAGUAGAGUAGAAAAAAAUAUUUAAUUCUUAAUUGUUCUAGUUCUUGAUGGUUUUCUUCCGUAUUAACAGUCAAGUGUUUCUUCCUUGGCCCCCUGGGACUAAUGUCGCCAGCCAGGUUCUUUUGCCACAAACCAGAUCUGAUUCGAAGAGUCAAAAGUCUGACUCUUCAGACUCCGUCGCGGUCUGAGCAAGCUUGGUGCCUAGUCUCUGCAUUGUUUUUGUUUUUUUGUUCAUACGUGGGGAGCGACUUCUGUGAGAACUACAUAGGAUGUGAAAACCGCACUUUCUUUCCCCCAGACAGCUGGGGAUUUCUGAAAACAUGGCAAUGAACUGCAGCGCGCUAGGACAAUUAUUUGGCUGCCACUUUUUUUUUUUUUUAAUUGUCAAGUGUCACUGUGAAUAUCAACAGAGAUUUCUUUUUGUUUUCUGGGGUUUUUUGUUGUUGUUGUUGUUGUUGUCAGUUUCGUUUUAAUCAGUGUAACCAGUAACAUUUUAUCCCACUCUUUAGAUUUUGUAGAAUUCCAUGAUUGUGUAUUGUGACAUGAACGCUGUCAGAAUGGACACAGAUGGCACCGUGGGGCCUGUUCCGUUGUGUCCCCGAGGAAUCAGGGCUGACGGUGUGCAAAGGAAAACCUUCUGAGGGAGAGGAAGCACACGCCGGCUGCUUCCUCGUGGUGGUGUGGCCGGAGCGAGCCUGCCCGCGUGGCUUGGCCAGGCUUUGCCCCUCUCCGCGUAUGGAUCAGUGCCCCUCGCCCUGGCCUCCCUCCAUUCCUGAUCAUCUUCAUGGAGCCGUGAGCAUAGGAUCAGCUUAAUAUUUUAUCAGUGACCUUGGUGAUGGUGAAGGGUGCCAAGUGAACAGCUCUGCACCCCACCGUCUUGUCACCGAGACGACCUGGCCACAGCAGAGUUUGGCGCGGUUCUCAGCGAGUCCUGGCCAGCCAGGUUCAGGUUAACCGCAGGGGUGCCCACGCCCUGCAGGUUAGCAGCUCGGGCUCCCAGGCUUGUCAGUUACACUCGCCUCCCUUCCUCCCCUCCUUGCCUCGCUGCGCCACCGCCUCUUCUCACCUCGCCCCUCUCUUUCCUUCUUGGACACGUGAAUAAGGCAUCGCUCCAUGCUCAGGUGCACGCACCGCUAAAGAAAGGCGGCACGGGUCGGUAGAUUUUUCACACACAGACGGGCCCGGAGGGAAGUGUGCCACCUUGGCUGAGCCGAUAAGCCGCGUGGGUGUGCCGGAAUCCAUUUCCAAUUUCCGUAAGCGGGAACAUUCCUUCCCCUGAAACUUAAGGCACGUCAUCAAUAUUUCAUGUUUUUCUCCAGCACCCCUUCGGGGAGGGAUCAAAUAGUACCAGAUCGGUUUUCCCAAAAGAGAAGAUGAGGUAUCCAGACUUAGACUGAGGACUCGGAGUUUAGAUGAUGACAGGAGGGUCACACGCAAGCACGUUCCCGGGUCUUGUUCCUCAGGCUCUCCGUCCGUCACUGUCCCCGCACGGGCACACUGCACCCCCCAGUUUGUGAGUGGGUCGUGAGGAAGCAGAGAUCUGCCAGAAGCCUGGGGUUUUUAAUCUUGACUUUGGAACUCCUCUCUCCUGAGUCUCAGUCAAUAAACUUUUGAAAAAACUAAAAACAGCUCCGUAUUCUGAGGGUGUAAAGAGUAUCAAAUGUAAUAACCCCCCAAAGGCGCUUUGUAGCUUGUUCUUUCAUGGCUCCUAAGGCCACUCUAAGCAGCUUAAUUUCCACCCCAGGACUCAAUGAUAAGCAUUCCGAGGGGCGGCUGUGGGGCCUCUGUAUUAGGGAUUAGUUUUUUAAAAUCAUCUCCGUACUGUUUUUACUGAACACAGAGGCACUGGCCCACGCGGCUCCUAACAGUCUACGUGGUGCAGAGCCAAUUUCUGAAGUUAACAGAGAAACUACCAUGAGAAUCGAUUUACAAAUUGAAUAGUUAACACCAACGGAGCCAGCACUGCACAUUAUACGAUUUUACUCAACUUGAAAGGGAAAGAAAGUGGUAGAGGACUGCAAUUUUUUUUUUUUUUUUGGACAGAAUGCUAAUUCAGGCUUUACAAUUUUCCACGAUGAAGUCGGCGUUGCCCCUACUGCCCUAAAUUUAAAAUGACAAAAGUUAGUAAGAUUUCAAAAAAUCUCUUAUCAAAAUCUGUCUAACCUCUUCUAAAACGUUUAAUCAGAUUUUAUAGGGUCUCUCUUUUUCUAAAAGCUGUCCCUGCCCCUCCAGAGGCUUGCGUUUCUGAAAGAAGGCCGCGGUGACAACGGGGAGAGUGGGGGCGGGAGGCCCUGGAUCUGGAUUUUUUGCAGACCAUAUGAUAGCUGCUUGCUAGAGGCUUGGGCCUUCGCCAACGAGUUCAGGUUACUGAAUCCAAUCUCUAAGAGCCAAAAUCCUCCCUGCUUUCUAGCAAGGAGGCCUUCCUCUCUGCCUCAGGAAACGUGAUGUCAUGCGCUUCAAAUGAGCUGGCUCGUUUCCUAGCUCACAGAUCGCUGGUCUGCUACUUGGCACGAGCUCAGAGUCCAGGGGCCAUACCUAGGACGCAACACAACACCCACGUUGGCCAAAGGCGUGAUAAAGAAACAAAAACACAACAUGUGCAAAAACGGCAAACUUCUGCCCCUGGCUUCCUAACAGCCCCGUGCGGAUGCAUGUGAAGGAAACGUAAGCCAGGACAUCGCUGGUGCCUGGCCUGCCAGAACAGCAGGACUUUGUGUUCCGUUUCAACUGAUGCUCAUCACGAGGCCUGAUCCCGGUGUCACUCCCUUAAAUGCUUAGCUCUGGAGGGACCUGAACAAACUAAAGGUUGUCCAGGACAGGGUCACUAGAACUAUUAGGGAUGUGGAAAACGACAAGUCAUAGUGACAGCAUGUGGGAAAAGUGAGGGUGUUAAUGAGGAAAUCAUCCAUUCAGCCGGUCAGUCACUGUACAAAUGUUUGUCUACCUAAGCAUGGUGAAUGAGUGAAUCCAUCCACCAAUGAAAGAACUCCUCACCACUUACAAUAUACUAGGCACUAGAAGCAUAAGUGGUGCUAUGUACUGAUUAUUUAAAAUGUGUGAUAGAAUCAGAGUUUCAUUGCUGUUUUUGGAAGGACAAAAAAAAGUCUUUUCCAAGACUCAGUGCCUCUUCCUUGGUGAGAAAUUCCACCUCCUACUCAAAGCACACCCCUGGCAGAUGGCUGAUUCUUUCCUACUGAGCACGUCCAGGGUGUGGAACUGCCACCUCACAGGGCAGCCCAUCCCCUCAUUUGUCAGAGAGCAUUUCCUCCUGUCUACGCAGCCAGGGAACCUAACAUUGAGGCUGUGAGUCCCUGCUUCUCGGGGCUAUACUAGCAGUGGUUCUCAACCUUCUGGCCCUUUAAAUACAGUUCCUCAUGUUGUGACCCAACCAUAACAUUAUUUUCAUUGCUACUUCAUAACUGUA